AUGUCAACUCGCGCUUUAAAGAAAUUAGUAAAAAAAUUUGCUAAGAAGUCAUCUUCUACAAAUGACCCUAUGGAAAACUUUAACGAAGAUUCUAAAAAAAUUCUCCAUCAAUGGGCAAAAAUGGUACGAGCAAAACACAAGAAUGAUAAAAAUUACGAUGAUGAUGAUUUAUAUUAUGAGGACCCAUUGCUUUUGAUUGAAUGGAACAAUGCAGGUUUAAAUAGCAGAACACUUGCUAAUCCUCAACACACAAAAAUGGCUUUAGUUAAUUUGAUUCGAGGACAACCGGGUUAUUUACAAUUCCCACCGACAGGCAUUCCAUCAGAAUGCUCAUUUUCUUUUGUAAAUACUCCAGCACUCCCAGCAACUCAAGCAUUAGCCGACACGAUUGGAGUGCUUGACAUCAACAAUUGGUCUAGACAUGCCCCUGGAAUUCCGGAUGUUGGCCGGGUUUAUGACAUCAGUGUCCCUAGAAAAGGGGAAUUGGCUAUUAUUGAACUAUUAUCAAUACGGCCAUGGCAAUUACCUGAAAAACCAGAAACCCCAGAACUAAUAACUUUACCUCGAUUUUGA